CGUGAGGCACAGGGAGGAGGGUUAGCGCUGGACACACCUGAGGAGCAGGUAGCUGCAUUGCUGCAUUAGCAGUUGACCGUUUUGUCUGAUUUCAGUGAUUUUGUGCAUCGUCUACACCGGACCGUUACAUUGAGAAAUACAGAAGAUUGGAAGGGACUUCAGUGUCUGGAGCUCAGCAUGCCCUGACGCCCAGCGGCUGUAACUUUGGUGACACCAUGGCACCGGAAUGCAGGCUUGACCUCUGGCUUGUGCUUGGCAAGUCUUGUAGUCACUGAGUUCUGAGACAGUUAGCAUGAGUAGCGCAGCAGACGGCUGCAUCCAGUUCACUCGCCAUGCAGGUGACGUGCUCUUCAACUUCAACCGCCUGCGGAGCAGGAACAUCCUCGUGGACGUCACCAUUCGGGUCGGAGGGCAGGAGUUCCACGCGCACAAAACGGUGCUCAUGGCCUGCAGUGGCUUCUUUUACUCGCUGUUCGUCAACACCACCAAAAGUGACCCUACGGUCGUGAGCCUGGACGCAAAAGUGGACCCCAAUGGCUUUGCUAUACUCCUAGAAUUCAUGUACACCUCCUGCCUGAACCUCAAAGAGCGCUUCAUCCUGGCCACCCUCAACACAGCCAUGUACCUGCAGAUGGAGCACAUGGUGGAAACCUGCCAGAAGUUCAUGGAGUCCAGGGGCCUGUCUGUGAAGCAGCCCAGAGAGGAAGUACCAACCAGCCCCACAUGUUUACCUCAGGAUACUAUCUUCAACUUCAGCGACGUUCCUAGGAGCAUCUCAUCUAGACCUAACGGGAUGGCCCUCGGGUCUCCGGUCGUUCACUACGCGGUCAGCACGUCUACCGGCAGCCCCACACGCUUCUACAACCACCUCUCUGAUGCAGGGGGCUCCGCCUCUAGCGUCAAACCCCUUUUCUGGCAGGUUCCAAGCAGCAGCGUCAUAACACAGGGGCCGCGAUCCCCUCCUGGAGGAGAACCAUCCAUUAAAGUGGACAGCACCAGCAUCUCCCCGGUCUACCACCCUGUCCGCUCAUCUGUGGUCCACCAGCUGGGCCACAAUCAGGGGGACAGAAUGGGCUUCACAGGUAUGAAGGUGGAGCUGGAGGAGAACUUUGGCCAUUCUCAGAUUAACGGACCCCGCAGCCCUCUGAGGUCAGACUGCCAGCCCAAUUCCCCAGCCGAGUCCAGCGGCUGCAGUAGAGAGGCAGCUUCUUCUCAGAGAGCCUCAGCCAGCGAGGCGAAGGUCCACAACUGGAAGAAGUACAAGUUCAUCGUUCUGAACUCAGCUGACGGCUCGGAGAACCCCUCUCAACCAGCGGUGGAGCCCACCACCAAGAGUACCGAUCAGACGGCCACAAGCCACUUGAAUGUUAACAGCAGAUCUGUGGAAGAACUCAGUCAAAGAGCAUGUGAUCCCACAUCUUUGUCAACCUCCACCCACAUUCUGAGAGAGGAGAGCAACAUGAGCGGCUCAGAAAUAGGCCACGAGAGCAGCAGUUUGGUCUGCAGCGAAUGCGACUCCAGAGUUGAGAUGAACUCUGAGAACCAUCAGCGCCUUGAGGACGGCAAACCGUACAGGUGUGACCGCUGCCAAGCCACGUUCUCCUGUAAAGGAACCCUCAAUAGCCACAAAUCUGCCCAUCCAGUUGAGAAGCCGUACCGCUGUAACGUGUGCGGCGCUCAGUUCAACAGACCAGCCAACCUCAAGACCCACCUGCGCAUCCACUCGGGGGAAAAGCCAUAUAAAUGCGAGACCUGCGGCUCCUGCUUCGUCCAGGUGGCUCACCUGAGGGCCCACGUGCUGAUUCACACCGGAGAGAAGCCGUACUCCUGCGACGUCUGCGGCACCCGCUUCCGCCACCUGCAGACGCUGAAGAGCCACCUGCGCAUACACACGGGCGAGAAGCCCUACCACUGUGAAAAAUGUGACCUGCGCUUCCGCCACAAGAGCCAGCUGAGACUGCACCUGCGGCAGAAACACGGCGCAGUGACCAACAGCAAGGUCCAGCGCUGACCAGCCGUAACCUGCUGAAACGAGCGAGACAGAAAGAACACAAACGCAGCAGCUGAACCAAAAUGCAUACUGUAACGCAGAGGUACAUGUACAAAGUGCCGGGCUGACCCACGACUGACCAGCGCCAGGUACUUCCAGUGGACGUGCGGAGAUCGGGCACUAACUGGGACACUUUCAGUGUUAGAUUGUUACAGAUUUGAUAGCUUUCCUGUAGUUGCUCUAACUAGCCCUCAAAGUUCAAGCACCACUGAAACGGUUUGUAUUAUAGGGAAGGUAAUGUUUAUAUAUUGCAGAUGAUUAUUUUUGUGAAUGUGAAAUCAGAUAAUGUUUAUUUUUGCAAAUGCUGAAAGGUACGUUGGGGUCUUAAUAUACCUUAAGUUCUAUUUAUAGGUCCUUCAGUAACACUGUACAGUAUUUUGAUACAAAAGAGGGUCAAUUUCUUGGAAUAAACUAUUUUAUAUCAGAA